UUAUUAUCUGUGCUGCGAAUCGGCGAUUUUUUUUGGAAAACGAAAACAGGAAAAAUGAAAUCGACGUUUGGCGAUGGAUUUUUUGAUAAUUUAACUCAGUGUGAAAUUUAAUUGAUUUUUUUACCGAAGAUCGUUCACUCGAAGCACCAUGGACGGAAUGAUUCCAGGGAUGCAAGGAAUGCCAGGUAUGCAAGGGAUGCCAGGGAUGCAUGGUAUGCCUCCUGGAAUGCCACCGGGAAUGCAUCCGAUUCCUGGAAUGAUGGAAGAACAACUCUUCGAUCCUGAAGCUUAUCAUCACCACCUUCAACAACAGCAUCAGCAUCAGCAACACCAUCAGCAGCAGCAGCAACAGCAACAACAACAGCAACAUCAUUUUCAAGAAUUCGAAGAACCACCCAGAAGACCGGAGUUUGAAACUGACGAAGAAGGUGUACCCGGCGAUUCCCAGAUUCGUUUUCCGGUAGCUUUAGAGAAAGCUCUUGAUCUGAAAUCCGAACGUGCCAAACAGAUUGGCGCCGACGAAGAUCAUUUGAAUGAUGUUCAUACAGACGAUGAAAGACGACCACUUGGUAUGUACAGCGAUGGCGAAGAUGAAGACGACGAUGAAGAAAUAGAAGAUGAAGAAGCGAAUAGAAAAGUUGAAUCUAAAACCCAAGGGAAAAAAGAAGAUAAGAAACGUAAAAGGAAGAAAAGAAAGAAGAAGAAACGUCAUGGGCAGCAGCAGCAAAAUAAAGAGAAUGUAAUCAACGGUGACGAUAAAUCCGAGGAUAAAGACAAAGAAAAAGAGAAAGAUAAAGAUAAGGAUAAAGAAAAAGAUCCAGAAGUUGAAGUCGAAUAUGUUCAAGAAACUGUAAAUAUGAAUCAAUUGCAUCCUCAAUAUCGUCAGUAUGCUAAAAUCCUGGAACAUUUCAAAAUCCCAGAGUCCGAGAUGAAAACACAGCCAAUUGUAGAUAUUUCUAGAGAAAUGAGAUUAGCUCAAGAGCUGGGUGCUAAAAGUAAAGAACUAACUGAAUUCAAGAAAGUUCCCAAACUACCCGAUGAAUUCGACGACGACGAGGGUAAACAAGACGGCGAUAAGAAAGAAAAAUUAUCCAAACGAAAACUGAAAAAGCUUACUCGACUGAGCGUAGCUGAAUUGAAACAGCUAGUGAGCAGACCCGAUGUGGUAGAAAUGCACGAUGUUACUGCUCGAGAUCCUAAAUUAUUAGUGCAGUUGAAAGCUCACAGAAAUACCGUACCGGUGCCCAGACAUUGGUGUUUUAAACGAAAAUAUCUUCAAGGGAAACGAGGAAUUGAAAAACCACCUUUCGAAUUACCUCACUUCAUCAAAAAAACUGGUAUAAUGGAGAUGCGUUCCGCUUUAACUGAAAAAGACGAUGGGAAAGCUUUGAAAGCGAAAAUGAGAGAAAAAGCUAGACCGAAAUUAGGAAAAAUUGAUAUCGAUUAUCAGAAAUUGCACGACGCGUUUUUCAAGUGGCAAACUAAACCCAAGUUAACUAUCCAUGGAGAUUUGUAUUAUGAAGGAAAAGAAUAUGAAACUAGACUUCGAGAGAAAAAACCUGGUGAUUUAUCGGACGAAUUACGUACAGCUUUAGGAAUGCCUGUAGGACCACAUGCUCAUAAAGUACCACCACCUUGGCUAAUUGCUAUGCAACGAUAUGGACCUCCACCGUCGUACCCUAGUUUAAAAAUCCCCGGUUUAAACGCACCCAUUCCAGAAGGUUGCUCUUUCGGUUAUCACGCCGGUGGAUGGGGAAAACCUCCGGUUGAUGAGACUGGUAAACCAUUAUACGGAGAUGUAUUCGGUAUCCAGACAUCUUCUCAAAAGAUACCAGAAAUAGAAUACGAAGUUGACAAAUCGAUCUGGGGCGAAUUAGAAUCAGAAUCAGAAGAAGAGAGCGAAGAAGAAGAGGAAGAGGAAGGUGAAGGUGCAGAAGAACAAGACGAAACUGGAAUGGCCACUCCGGCCGAAGGUCUCGUUACUCCUUCUGGCAUUGCAUCCAUUACUGCUGGUAUUCAUACGCCCGAUAUUAUCGAAUUGAGGAAACGUAAAAUCGAAAGUGAAAUGGAAGGAGGAGAUACGCCUGCUCUCUAUCAAGUCUUACCUGAGAAGAAGGUAGAGAAAGUCAGCGGUAUGAUGGGAUCUACCCACAUCUACGAUGUGCCUAGUGUACCUGGUGGACCCAUCGGUACCAAACGUCCUGAUGGACCUGGAACCAUUGAAUUGGCUUUGGAUCCAUCCGAAUUGGAUUUGGUUGAUACUGAAGCUAUGGCUGCUCGUUACGAAGAACAAAUCAAAGAACAGCAGUCUCAAUUGAUUAAAGAAGAUUUAUCUGAUGUCGUUGCUGAACAUAUUUCAAGGCAGAAGGCUAAAAGAAAGAAGCCUCCAACCCAAGAAAAAUCCACCAAGAAAUAUAAAGAAUUUAAAUUUUAACUGGCUGGUGAAGAAUUUUGUUUAUAUGAAUUUUAUUGUACAAGUCAUUCUUUGUAUUUAUUCGUAAUGUAUUAAAAUCGUGUUUUUUUAUCUCAAAAGAAAA